UCGAUGCUGGAGUUAUGCGAUUACCGGCCACCACUUUUAUCCUGCUAACUUGCAUGUUCUCAGCGAUAGCCAAUCCAGCCGAAGAAGCAAAGAGACGCGUGCUCGAGAAACGGCAUCUCGUCAAAAUGGACAUGUCGAAGGCGUCACAAGAACAAUUCUCGAUGUUCAUGAAUUUGUUGUGCAUCACCGUCAAGGAUAUGCCUAUAACAGAGUAUUAUACCAGCUAUAUUCUGUGGGAAGAGGUCGAAUUUCUCGAAGGAGUCAAGGAUUUAUUGGACCCAACGAGCGCCUUCGAGGAUCGUCGAUCUUCAUUAUACCAUCACCUCGGGCAUAACUUUGCCUCAAAUUGUUCACUGAAGGAUGACAAUAACGUUCGCGAUGCUCACGUCGUCGUAGAAGAUCACACGAAAUUCGACAACUACAUGUACGAUCAGAUGACGAGAAAAGAGUGGACCAGUCUUCACCUCUAACAGAAUAGAUUCCAUUAGUGUGUAGUCUCGUCUAGUUUCAGCUAUUGCUUUUAAUUUAUCCAGAUGAGAAUUAUUUCGAAUUUUUGGCUAAAAAAAUAUGGUUCCAGGUCUCGGAAUUUUUUUUAGAAACACUCAAAUUUUAACAGAUUGACUAGUGAGGUAAAAACUGAAAAAUUAUCGAAAUUUGUCUUUUCGAGACCUCUUACCGUAUUUUUGGCGCAAAAAUCGUAAAAUUUUGCAUCUAGAUAACACCCAGUGCCCUUUCAAUAUAAUGUGAACCUUCAUAUAUUACCUGUAGAAUUCCAUUUCCAUUCGUGUAUUUUCUCCCUCUCCCCUCUUCCCUCGAAUCAACUAUCGUCGGCUCCCCCCUGAGACCUACGCGGGUUCUUCGUUUCUAUUUGUUUCGCCCAAAAAUACCUCUCGCCCUCCUCUGUGUUAUUCUAUAAUUCUGUUCAAUUUUCAUUCAUGUCAAACAAUAAAACCUCAUUCAUUC